AUGGCGCUGGAGACACUGGACGCGUGCCAGCGCCUGGGCUUCUCUGUGAUCCGGACGUGGGCCUUCAACGACGGCGGCGGCUGGAACGCACUGCAGACGGCGCCGGGCGUGUAUGAUGAAAACGUGUUCAGGGGCUUGGACUGGGUCAUUGCUCAGUGCGCAGCGCGCGGGCUGCGGCUGAUGCUCACGCUCAGCAACUUUUGGGAGGACUUUGGGGGCUUCCCUCAGUACGUCAGGUGGUCGCGCGGCUUGCCCCCCGGGUCACCUGCGAGGGGGGAGGACUUUUACUGCGACCCCCAGUGCCAGGCCAUGUACCGCCAGUACGUCACCGACGUGGUGACCCGCGUCAACACUGUCACCGGGGUGGCCUACCGGGACGACCCCACCAUAUUUGCGUGGGACCUCGUGAACGAGCCCCGCAACGACGGCGACGACACCUGCGCCGCCCUCACGUCCUGGAUCGAUGCCGCCGCCGCCCACGUCAAGUCGCUGGACCCAAACCACCCCGUGACCGUCGGGCUCGAGGGCUUCUUCGGACCCUCGACGCCGGGCCUCGCCGCGGCGUGCAACCCGUACAACCAGACGCACGGCGUCGACUGGGUGGCAAACAACGCAUCGCCCAGCAUCGACUUUGCCAGCAUACACCUGUAUGCGGACCAGUGGUGCCCAACAGACUGCGGCGACCAGGCGCGCGUCGACUGGGCUGUGAACUGGGUGAAGGGCCACAUACAGGCCGCCAAGCAGUUAGGGAAGCCGCUGUGCCUGCAGGAAUUCGGGAAGAAGCCCGCGGGCAGCGGGCGCGAGGCGCUGUUUGAGAAGCUGCUAGCGGUCGCGUCGGAGGAGGCGCAGCAGGGUGGCACCCUGGUGGGCAGCCUGGUGUGGAUGUUUGCCCACGAGAGCUACCCGGACUACGACAGCUACACGCUCUAUGAGCAAGGGGAGCCGGACGCUGAGGCCUCGAAAGAGGGGGCGCAGCCGACCGUCAACGACAGGGCCUCCACUGACCUGGUGGUCCAGUUUGCUCAGCAGCUGAGAGUCAUGCGGCCGUCUUGA